AGUCCUUCCUUCCUGCGGCGCCUGCUCGCUUCGAGGUAUGGGGCAGCGCCUCCGGCCAGCCAGCACCACCUGAGGAUCCCGGAAGUCGCCCCCGCCAUGGAAGACGACCAGGAGCUGGAGAGGAAAGCAAUAGAAGAACUCCUUAAAGAGGCAAAACGUGGGAAAACAAGAGCAGAAACAAUGGGACCUAUGGGCUGGAUGAAGUGUCCUCUUGCUGGUACAAAUAAAAGAUUUCUAAUUAACACAAUUAAGAACACGCUGCCCUCCCAGAAAGAGCAAGACCACGAACAAAAAGAGGGCAGUGAGGAACCUGCGAAAAGCCAGGACCAGAAGGAGGAAAGCCGGCAGAAGCACAGAACCCACCCAUACAAGCACAGGGUCCACGCUCGGGGCCCUGCCCGUCAUUCUCCGCCGGCGAAGCGGCGCAGCCCGGAGAAGUCCCAGAAGCGAUCCAGCAAGCGGUGAGGCAGGGACGCAGGGUGAGCGCGACCGUCCCGGCACCCGGGCCUGGGCUGGUGCAGAGACGGGGCUGAGGACGGCCCGCGCUGGCAGCGCAAACACCCAAGAGGGAUUUUCCAGCAGGGCCGCUGUCGUGACAGCGGAAGAUCACCUGAGGCUCCGAGGAAAGAGUUCAAAGGGAACGCUCUGAAGAUGCCUUGGCAAGUUUAAGCUUCUUCAGCGGUGUAGUAUACAUAUGUAUUGAUUUUGUUCUGUCUUGUUUGGAAGUUGGUUUCAAAAUAAAUCUUAAAAGUUUUCAGAGAUUA